AUGGUGAGGAACACCAACAGUUCCCUUCCUAAUCUUCCUCCGCUCAUCCACAAUACGCGCGAGCAUCAUACCCAUGAGCAUCAUAGACACGUUUAUACCACCACCUGGCGAUUGUGGCGCGCCCAGAAAUGGUAUGUUCAACAGUCGGGUCAAGUGUUGGACCGAGAUUUCAUGUGUGCAGUUGGACGUGUUUUCCCGGGCUUUGGAGACUCUCAAUGGGUCUAUUUCCCGUUUUGA